AUGGCGGCGGAGUAUUUAGACAUAGAUUUAAAUUUCCAACAUGAAGUUAUAGCAGAAAUGUUGAGGAGGGAGAGAAUGAUACGGGACAGAGCAAACCCUUUCGUUAUGUACGACGAUUUGGAUUUUUUGGAUAGAUUUCGCCUCAGUAAAGCUGGGGUGAUAGAACUGAUGAGAAUCGUUGGUAACCAUCUUGAUGAAGGAAGACGAGGUAUAGAUAUUCCACCCAUGAUGCAGCUUCUUGUUACUUUGCGAUAUUUUGCAACGGGGUCUUAUCUUAGACUAGUUGGGGAUAGUUUUGGAAUGCACAUCACAACAGUUAGCAACAUAGUAAAAAAAGUUUCAAGAAACAUCGCAAGCCAACGAGCCAUGUAUAUACACUAUCCAGAUGAAAGACAACGCUUAAACACACAACAACAGUUUUUCCGUUUGUGUCGUAUCCCAGGCAUUAUCGGAGCAAUAGACUGUACUCAUAUACCUAUUAUAAGUCCGGGUGGGCAGAACGCUGAGAUAUUCAGAAAUCGGAAAGGAUUCUUCUCUGUUAAUGUUCAAGGGGGACUGCUUUUGAUAUUGGCAUGCUGUAAGAAUUCUUCUGUGUCAGAAUUUUACCUUUAG